AUGGCAUCAAGCUCUCCAGCCACGGGGGGAGACAUCGCCUUAGAAGAUGACACAUCUGAUGAGAAGUGGGUGUCUGAGGCGUAUCGAGACGUUGAUGAUAGAAGCCAAUCGCAGACGGCCUUGGGUCCAGAGAUCAUGAGGGAGCAGAAUAUUCUCAAUAGCGCAACAGAGACCGCAAGACAAGAGGAGAGAAGAAGAAGAAAUAGUUGUGGGGGUUGGGGUAAAUGGAUCGCCCUAGGUUUUCUAGCGUUGGUGCUUGACAAUAUAAUUGGUGCGAUUAGCCUGGGAUUUGCCAUCUAUUGGCACAACAAAAAGUAAUCGGGAACAAGUCGCAAAGUUGUGAAUAUCACAAGUCUUGCUUCGAGGAUACUCGUGAAAGCAGCGCAGAUACGAACUCGCAGCGGCGGGAUCGACACGCCAAUGACAUACAGUUUCUCCAAACUCAAGAGGACCAGCAUAGGCAGAUGACUAUGUGGCAGAUUUGAAGUCGCUAUCAAUAUCAUGACGUGGAUUUCUCAUUGAGGAUGGAAAUUCUCGAUGUUGAACAGGCUAUUUGACACACCUGAGACGAAGUAAUACAUAAAUUUAUGGACGGUAAAUAUUGUUCACAUGCGCCUGAUAUUUUUUCUUUGAUGGCUGUUUCGAUAUGGUUCCGCGAUCAUACAGCUAAGUGCAUCAAUCCCUUUGAUGUCCAUCUCCUUGAAGUCUUCAACAUAACAUAUCGACCUCUUAAGACGUGAAUUCAAAUAGUUGUACUACUAAUUUUCUUUCUCAUCUUCAAUGGAAGAAUCGAGUUUUCCGCCUCUCUUUGAACGGUUUUCAAUGAGUUCAAAUCAGAGUAAUGAGCUUUUGUUUGACGUUAUGUUCGACGAGUUAUCAUCUUUCCACCAUUUGCAAUGUGUGUAGACAAGUCAAGACAGACUGAUCGGGGCAAAGACUUAACCCUAGCUACUAUAAAUCUGGUCGUCCCCCCGCCGUAGCACUCUCCUCUGCCAGGACUAACUCCCACUCACUGCCCUCUUCGUUCCCACCCGCCGCCCACCACUCUCCACACCAAGCACUAGUCCGUCCCUUUCCGCCCCACAUCACAGUCUCAAACAUAUACUCUAAAACCGCUCAUCACUACAACAAUAACACAACAUCUUUGAUGGUCUAACGGUCAUGAUUUCCGCUUGUCAAUAACAUUACAAGUCGCGGGAGACCGGGGUUCGACUCCCCGUCAGAGAGUUCAUUCUAUAUAGAAUUCCUUGAAUCUCAUGUUCACAUAUAUUCUUUUUGAUUUCUUGACGCAAAAAUCUUUUUUUUCGUAGGCGGGAAGUUUGGCGUGUAGCGGACCCCACUACUACCUUGCCGGAGCCUUUUUGCUUUUCUUCAAAGGUGGGGCUAUCUACAGUGAAUGAGAGGGGCAGGAUUUUGGGUUAAUGAUAGUGGUUGAUAGAUAGUGAGGAUGACGUUGGUGUCGAAAGGUGAAUAUAAUAGAUCGUUGGUGAAUCAUGAAGGGAAAGCGU